CAUGUCUGCGGAGAGCGGCCCUGGGACGAGAUUGAGAAAUCUGCCAGUAAUGGGGGAUGGACUAGAAACUUCCCAAAUGUCUACAACGCAGGCCCAGGCCCAACCCCAACCAGCCAAUGCAGCCAGCGCCAACCCCCCGCCCCCGGAGACCUCCAACCCCAACAAGCCCAAGAGGCAGACCAACCAACUGCAAUACCUGCUCAGAGUGGUGCUCAAGACACUAUGGAAACACCAGUUUGCGUGGCCUUUCCAGCAGCCUGUGGACGCCGUCAAGCUAAACCUCCCUGAUUACUAUAAGAUCAUUAAGUCGCCUAUGGACAUGGGAACAAUAAAGAAGCGCUUGGAAAACAACUAUUACUGGAAUGCUCAGGAAUGUAUCCAGGAUUUCAACACUAUGUUUACAAACUGUUACAUCUACAACAAGCCUGGAGAUGACAUAGUCUUAAUGGCUGAAGCGCUGGAGAAGCUCUUCUUGCAAAAAAUCAACGAACUACCCACCGAAGAAACCGAGAUCAUGAUAGUCCAGGCGAAAGGAAGAGGACGGGGCAGGAAGGAAGCAGGGACAGCAAAGCCCGGCGUCUCCACGGUACCAAACACAACGCAAGCGUCAACUCCUCCGCAGACUCAGACUCCUCAACAGAACCCUCCGCCCGUGCAGGCCACGCCUCACCCCUUCCCUGCCGUCACCCCAGACCUCACUCCACCCCCUCCCGCUCCAGCCCCCCAGCCUGUGCAGAGCCACCCACCCAUCAUUGCGGCCACCCCGCAGCCCGUAAAGACAAAGAAGGGGGUGAAGAGGAAAGCAGAAACAACCACCCCCACCACUAUCGACCCCAUUCACGAGCCGCCCUCACUGCCCCCGGAGCCCAAGACCACCAAGCUAGGCCCCCGGCGGGAGAGCAGCCGGCCUGUGAAACCCCCAAAGAAGGACGUGCCCGACUCGCAGCAGCACCCUGCGCCCGAGAAGAGCAGCAAAGUCUCGGAGCAGCUCAAGUGCUGCAGCGGCAUCCUCAAGGAGAUGUUCGCCAAGAAGCAUGCCGCCUACGCCUGGCCCUUCUACAAGCCGGUGGACGUGGAGGCCCUGGGCCUGCACGAUUACUGUGACAUCAUCAAGCACCCCAUGGACAUGAGCACAAUCAAGUCUAAACUGGAGGCCCGAGAGUAUCGAGACGCUCAGGAAUUUGGCGCUGAUGUCCGAUUGAUGUUCUCCAACUGCUACAAGUACAACCCCCCCGACCACGAGGUGGUGGCCAUGGCCCGCAAGCUCCAGGACGUGUUCGAGAUGCGCUUUGCCAAGAUGCCAGACGAGCCCGAGGAGCCAGUGGUAGCCGUGUCCUCCCCGGCGGUGCCUCCUCCCACCAAGGUGGUGGCCGCACCCUCAUCCAGCGACAGCAGCAGCGACAGCUCUUCGGACAGUGACAGCUCCACUGAUGACUCUGAGGGAGAGCGGGGCCCGCGAGCUCCGGGAGCAAGUAAGCUCAAAGCCGUGCACGAGCAGCUCGCAGCCCUCUCGCAGCCCCAGCAGAACAAACCAAAGAAGAAGGAGAAAGACAAGAAGGAAAAGAAAAAGGAAAAGCACAAAAAGAAAGAGGAAGUGGAGGAGAGCAAGAAAAGCAAAGCCAAGGAGCCUCCUCCCAAAAAGACAAAGAAAAACAACAGCAGCAACAGCAGCGCAAGCAAGAAGGAGCCGGCGCCCAUGAAGAGCAAGCCCCCACCCGCGUACGAGUCGGAGGAGGAGGACAAGUGCAAGCCCAUGUCGUACGAGGAGAAGCGGCAGCUCAGCCUUGACAUCAACAAGCUCCCCGGCGAGAAGCUGGGCCGCGUGGUGCACAUCAUUCAGUCGCGGGAGCCCUCGCUCAAGAACUCCAAUCCCGACGAGAUCGAGAUCGACUUCGAGACCCUGAAGCCAUCCACCCUGCGCGAGCUGGAGCGCUACGUCACGUCCUGCUUACGGAAAAAGAGGAAACCCCAAGCCGAGAAGGUGGACGUGAUUGCCGGGUCAUCCAAGAUGAAGGGCUUCUCAUCCUCGGAGUCAGAGAGCACCAGCGAGUCCAGCUCCUCUGACAGCGAAGACUCUGAGACAGGUUAG